AUGCCUGCCGUUACCCAGUCGCGCGGCCAGAGCAAGUAUGACGAGAUCCCAGGCCCCCUGGGUCCUCAGUCAGCCUCUCUCGAGGGCAAGGUUGCCCUUGUGACCGGUGCUGGCCGUGGUAUCGGCAGGGAGAUGGCCAUGGAGCUCGGCCGUCGUGGCUGCAAGGUCAUUGUCAACUACGCCAACAGCACCGAGUCCGCCGAGGAGGUCGUCGCCGCCAUCAAGAAGAACGGCUCCGACGCCGCCUGCAUCAAGGCCAACGUCGGUGUCGUCGAGGAGAUUGUCAAGAUGUUCGAGGAGGCCGUCAAGAUCUUUGGCAAGCUUGACAUUGUUUGCUCCAACAGCGGUGUCGUCUCCUUCGGUCACGUCAAGGAUGUCACCCCCGAGGAGUUUGACCGCGUCUUCAACAUCAACACCCGUGGCCAGUUCUUUGUCGCCCGCGAGGCCUACAAGCACCUUGAGGUCGGCGGCCGUCUGAUCCUGAUGGGCUCCAUCACCGGACAAGCAAAGGGCGUCCCGAAACACGCCGUCUACUCCGGAUCCAAGGGCGCCAUUGAGACCUUUGCUCGCUGCAUGGCUAUCGACAUGGCCGACAAGAAGAUCACCGUCAACGUUGUUGCCCCGGGUGGUAUCAAGACCGACAUGUACCACGCUGUCUGCAGAGAAUACAUCCCCAACGGCGAGAACCUCACCGACGAGGAGGUCGACGAGUUUGCUGCACAAGCCUGGUCGCCGCUAAAGAGGGUGGGCCUACCCAUUGACAUCGCCAGAGUCGUUUGCUUCCUGGCUAGCAACGACGGAGGCUGGAUCACCGGCAAGGUUAUGGGCAUUGACGGUGGUGCUUGCAUGUAA